GUAUAUUUUUGACAGCUGAGAUGCUUUGUUUACAUAUUAAGCAAACUAAAAGAAAAGAAAGCGUGUUUAUUACAACGUUUUAUGUAAAUUUGUGUUAAUUAAAAUCAAGUAAAAAAUAAAGCGAGCUGAUAGGAACUUAGUGAAGAUGAGUACAACGGAGUUAUGGUUCGACGAUUCCUCAGAGGAUGAGAAUUUAGUGGAACUGGCCAGGAAUAGAAAACGUUUAAGGGACGCUUCCAAUCCCUUAGAAAUGGAUUCAACCGCAUUUAUAAAAAACUUCCGACUGUCUAAAGAGGCGUUUGUGGACCUGCUGUCCGCUACAGAAGACCUGUUGCAGCAAUGCACUCGAGCCAAAUCUAUUGCAAAUAUCUUAAAACUAGCAACAGUUCUGCGAUUUUGUGCUCAGGGAUCGUACCAACUGAGUAUUGGGAAUGAAAAUAUGCUUGGGCUUGCGCAGCCCACGGUGUCUGUGGUGAUAUCAGAAGUGCUUGAUGUUUUGGAAAAUUUCAUUUGCCAAAGAUGGAUAAAAUUCAUCUACACAGGGGUUGAACUGCAACAAGCGAAAGCACAUUUUUACAGCAAAAGCAGAAUUCCAGGAAUAAUCGGCUGUGUUGAUGGGACGCACAUUAAAAUUGUCGCUCCCAAGAAGGAAUUCCAGCAUUUAUAUUACAACAGAAAAGGAUUCUUCAGCAUUAAUGCUAUGGUUGUUUGUGAUCACACAAUGAAAAUAAGAUACAUAAAUGCAAAAAAUCCGGGAGCGACACAUGAUUCCAUGGUUUUUCAUAUGUCAUCAUUGAAAGCACACUUAGAACAGCAACAUCAUAAUGGUAUUCGUAAUACUUGGCUACUGGGUGAUGCUGGUUACGCUCUAAAACCAUACUUGAUGACGCCGUUCAGAAAUUCUGAGGAAGGAUCUCCUCAAAGAACAUACAACAAACAACAUGCAAAAGCCAGAAAUAUUAUAGAGCGAACAAUCGGAGUUUUAAAAAAUAGAUUCAGAUGUUUAUUGCAGGCGAGAGCUCUUCAUUACACUCCAAAGAAAGCUACACAAAUAAUAAAUGUGUGCGCAGCUUUGCACAACAUUUGUCAAUUCUAUAAUGUAGAAAUACCCGACGGAGAAGAGUUUUCAAAUGAGCCUCACGACGAUGAUGCCGGAGUCGUUGAGAUGGAAUCAAUUGAGAAUUCAGAAGCAGAAGACAUCAGAAAUGAAAUUUUAAGAACCUUGUAAAUAACUGAAAAAGUAUUAAUAAAGGUAUUCCAGUAUCUUUUAUUAAAUUCAUAAA